AUGAAUUGUAAUUUUAUGUUUAACUUUGUUCUAUGACUUUCUUCAUGUCACCAUGAAGAAUACCACUGAAGUUACUAUGUUUGUACUGAAAGGUCUCACAGAUAAUCCUGAAAUACAAGUUAUCUUAUUCUUCCUGUUUCUAGCAAUUUAUCUCUUUACUUUGAUAGGAAAUUUAGGACUGGUUGUAUUGGUCAUUGGGCAUUCCCGUCUCCACAACCCCAUGUACUAUUUUCUGAGUGUGCUAUCAUCUAUCGAUGCCUGCUAUUCUUCAGUAAUUACACCAAAAAUGUUAGCAGAUUUUAUGUCAAAAAACAAAACCAUUUUGUUGCCUGAGUGUGCAGCACAGAUGUUUCUCUGCACUACUUUUGGGACCACAGAAUGCUUCCUCUUGGCUGCAAUGGCGUAUGAUCGCUAUGUGGCCAUCUACACCCCCCUCCGGUAUUCAGGCAGCAUGGCACCCAGGGUCUAUGUGCCACUCAUCAUUGCUUCCUAUGUUGGUGGUGUCUUGCAUGCUUCUGUACACACCGUGGCUACUUUCAGCCUCUCCUUCUGUGCCUCCAAUGAAAUCAGACAUGUCUUCUGUGACAUCCCUCCCCUCCUCGCUAUUUCUUGCUCUGACACUCACACAAACCAGCUUCUGCUCUUCUACUUCGUGGGCUCCAUUGAGAUAGUCACUGUUCUGAGUGUCCUGGUCUCCUAUGGUUUCAUCCUGUUGGCCAUUCUAAGGAUGUGUUCCGCAGAAGGGAGAAGGAAAGUCUUUUCUACAUGUGGCUCUCAUCUAACUGGAGUGUCCAUUUACCACGGAACCAUCCUCUUCAUGUACCUGAGACCAAGUUCCAGCUACGCCUUGGACCAUGACAUGGUAGUGUCACUGUUUUACAGCAUUGUGAUUCCCAUGCUGAAUCCCAUCAUCUAUAGUUUAAGGAACAAAGAUGUAAAAGAGGCAAUGAAGAGAAUGUUCUGGAAAAUUUGA